AUGCCCCCCGCAACGCCCCUCUCCACCAAGAUCGCCCACAUCACGGCGAUUGAAGCCGGCGCCGAAAAGGCCUUUAUCAAGGCCGACACGCAUCUCGAGCAGGCGCUCGCCAACACGGCGCGGCACGGCCUGCCGGCGAUCCAGGUGUCGGCGCUGCAGGGCCAGCUGCUCGGGCUGCAAGCGCGCUUCGUCAACGCGCAGACGGUGCUCGAGGUCGGCGCCCUCGGCGGGUACUCGACCAUCUGCCUGGCCAAGACGGGGGCGCGCGUGACGAGCAUCGAGAUUGACGCCAAACAUCGCGACGUGGCGCUGGAGAACCUGCGUGCCGCGGGCGUCGCGGAGCCGGACAUGAUCCUGGGCGACGCGCACGAGGUGCUGCCGGCGCUGGUGCGCGAGGGCCGCGUGUUUGACAUGGUGUUUAUCGACGCCGACUGGGGCACGCAGGCCGAGUACUUUGACUGGGCCGUGAAGCUGACGCGCAGGAACGGCUGCAUCUUUAUCGACAAUGUCGUGCAGGAGAUUAUUACCUGCCAUGGGGGCAGUGUGGGCGAGGGCACGCUGAUUGAGAGGAUCGGCAAGGCGCAGAAUGUGACGGCGACGCUGGUGCCAAAGAUAUCGGGGACGGAGGGCGUGGUGGAUAAUGCUUCUAUUGAUGGGUUUGUGAUUGCGACUGUGAAUUAG